GGUUACCCAUCGUCCCUGGCGCGGGGGCCGGGCGGGAGCGGCGGCGCCGCGGGAGUAGGGGGGGGGCGCUCCCCCGCCUUCCUCUCCGUGUCGUUCCGCGCUCAGGCCCGGGAGGACGGACUCCUCCCUCGCCCCCUCCCACCCUCUCCGCCCCGGGAGGCGGCGGAGGAGGCGGCGGGGAGCGGCGCGGCAGCGGAAGGAGCAGUAGUACAAAAUGUCAAAAAUUAGAAGGAAGGUCACAGUGGAAAAUACCAAGACUAUAUCCGAUAGCACAUCCCGAAGACCCAGUGUAUUUGAAAGGCUUGGACCCAGCACUGGAAGUACUGCAGAGACACAGUGCCGUAACUGGCUGAAGACUGGCAACUGCCUCUAUGGGAACACAUGUAGAUUCGUACAUGGCCCUUCACCACGAGGUAAAGGCUAUAGCAGCAGUUAUAGAAGGUCGCCAGAAAGACCUACUGGAGAUCUUCGAGAAAGAAUGAAGAACAAACGUCAAGACGUUGAGGCAGAACCACAAAAACGAAGUACAGAGGAAUCGUCCUCUCCUGUUAGGAAAGAGUCUUCACGAGGAAGGCAUAGAGAAAAGGAGGAUAUCAAAAUUACGAAGGAGAGAACACCAGAAAGUGAAGAGGAAAAUGGGGACUGGGAAACAAAUAGAGAAGAUUCUGAUAAUGGAGAUGUUAAUUAUGAUUAUGAUCAUGAGCUAUCUUUGGAAAUGAAGCGUCAAAAAAUUCAGAGAGAACUCAUGAAGUUGGAACAGGAAAACAUGGAGAAACGAGAGGAAAUAGUCAUUAAAAAGGAGAUUUCUCCAGAGGUGGCUAGAUCUAAAUUAUCACCAUCACCAUCACCAAGAAAGUCUAGCAAAUCUCCAAAACGAAGAUCCAGUCCAAAAUCAUCAUCUUUGGCUAGUAAGAAAGAGAAGAAAGCAUCUACUGUAUCUUCUCCGCUUUUGGAUCAGCAGAGGAGUUCUAAAAGUACCCAGAGUAAAAAGAAAGGUCCUCGUACCCCUAGUCCUCCUCCUCCAGUACAAGAGGAAACUCCCCUGGGGAAAAAACACAAAGAAAAACAUAAAGCAAAAGAACGUUCAGAAGAAAAGGCAAGGGAGGUGAAAGAGAGAGGCCGUGAGUUUGAAAGACACAAGGAGAAAAAAGAGAAGCAGAGGGAUCCCUCUGAAAGCUCCCAUAGACAGAAGCGUUCUCCUAGUCCUGCAGAUCAUUCUGGGAGUAAUUCUUCCCCUUCCAGGGAGUAUUCACCACCGGCUGCUAGGCGAAGACAAACCUCCCGAGCUCCAGCCAAGUCAACUACUCGCAAACAUAACUUCUCACCCUCUCGCAGAUCUGCUUCUCCAUCAGGUCGGCAUCAUUCUCCCAUAUCCUCCAGACAUCACUCCUCUUCAUCACAGUCAGGCUCCUCUGUCCAAAGACAUUCUCCUUCCCCACACCGCAAAAGAACUCCUUCUCCAUCCUAUCAAAGGACAACUUCCUCACCUGCAAGGCGAUCGUCUUCUCCCUAUCCCCCACACUCUUCUCCUCAGAGGAAGCGAAGCCCUUCAAGGCACCGAUCUCCUGGAAGAGAAAAGGGAAGACAUGAUCGUGAUCGGACUUCACAGUCUCAUGAUAGGCGCCACGAAAGGCGAGAUGAAACUAGAGGGAAAAGGGAAAAAGAAAGAGAAGCAAGAGAUGAUCGUGAUUAUGACCAGGAGCAGAGUUCCUCCAGGGAUCAUAGAGAUGAUAGAGAGUCUCGUGAUGGAAGAGAUCGGAGGGAGACAAGAGACAACAGAGAUCGGAGGGAGACAAGGGAAUCCAGAGACACUCGGGACUCCAGAGAUACGAGGGAUUAUAGCAGAGAUACCAAAGACAGUCGUGAUCAGAGAGACUCGCGUUCCACACGAGAUUCCCAUGACUACAGAGACAGAGAGAGUCGUGAUGCCCAUAAAAAGGAUGACCAGUAUCAGGAAGACUCACGCAGCUAUGGAAGAUCCCAUGGCAGAGAGGAGAGCUCUCGUGCUGAAGCAAGGAAUGACUCCAGAAGUGACUCCAGAAAUGAGAGCAGAAGUGAUAGAACUGGCAGAAGUCGAGGCAGAGGUCCAGAAUUAUCUGACAAGGGAAGUCGGGGGACUAGAGGAUCCCAGGUGGAUGGCCACAGCAGUAGUGGAAACUACCAUGACAGCUGGGAAUCAAGGAGUAGCUACCCUGAUCGUGAUCGCUAUGAUAGUCGAGAACAAGCAAGAGAUUCCUCCUUUGAAAGAAGACAUGGUGAACGGGACAGGCGUGACAACAGAGACAGAGAUCAGAGAGCAAGCUCGCCGGUACGACAUCAAGGACGAAGUGAUGACCUCGAUCGGGAUGAAAGAAGAGAGGAGCGAAGGGUAGAUCGGUCUGAUGAUAGGAGAGAUGAAAGGGCCCGAGAGAGAGAGCGAGAAAGAGAGAGAGACCGAGAGAGGGAAAGAGAAAGAGAUCGGGAAAGAGAAAGGGAAAAGGAAAGAGAGUUGGAACGAGAUCGUGCUCGGGAAAGAGAGAGAGAGAGAGAGCGGGACAAAGACAGGGACCGCGAGCGUGACCGAGACAGGGACCAUGACAGAGAAAGGGAACGAGAGAGGGAGAGGGAGAAGGAACGAGAGCGAGAGCGGGAGGAACGAGAAAGGGAGCGAGAGCGUGAAAGAGAUAGAGAGCGGGAACGAGAAAGGGAGAGAGGUCGGGACAGGGAUAAAGAAAGAGACCGCCAGAGAGACUGGGAUGACAAAGAAAAAGGAAGAGAAGACCGCAGGGACAAGAGAGAAGAUAUCAGAGAAGAAAGAAGCUCAAGAGAUGUCCAUGAGGAAAGAAAAUCCAAGAAGCGUCACAGAAAUGAAAGCAGUCCAAGUCCUCGUCAGUCUCCCAAACGUCGGCGAGAGCACUCUCCGGAUAGUGAUGCUUACAACAGUGGAGACGAUAAAAAUGAAAAGCACAGACUUUUGAGCCAGGUUGUGCGGCCACAGGAAUCCCGAUCACUGAGCCCCUCUCAUAUUACAGAAGAGCGACAGAGUCGCUGGAAAGAAGAAGAGCGAAAAUCAGACAGAAAAGAAAGUUCCAGGCGUUAUGAAGAACCAGAGUUUAAAGACAGAGUUUCUUCAGCAGAUAAGCAAAGAGAGCAACCAGAUGCCACUGAAAGCUCCCGGUCCAGGAUUCAGGAAAAUCUUGGACACCACCCCUCUGAAGAAAGAGAUACUUCUGAUAGAAUGCAUGAUGACAGCAAGAAGAAGUCUAAAGUACAGAAAAAGGCCACAAAGAAGAAGAAAGAUGAUGACAGUGGGGUGGAAAGGUACACUAAUGAAUCAACAGCUGAGGAAAGCCAGGUCUUUUCACCCAAGAAAGGUCAGAAAAAGAAAAAUCUAGAGAAAAAGCGGAAGAGGUCCAAAGGUGAUUCUGAAGUUUCUGAUGAAGAAAUUGUUCCACAUCAUAAAAAGAAGAAAGGCCCAAGAACCCCCCCUGUGACAAAAGAAGAAUUGGUUGAAGCACCAUCUGAGAAAGCUGUGGCAGAAGUCCCCUCAAAAAGAGAAGAUACAACAUUUAGUGACUGGUCAGAUGAAGAUGUCCCUGAACGGGGUGACAUUGUUCCAGAAAGGAGCACUGAGGACUCCCACAGAAAAAGUCACAGGAUGAGGGGAGAAAAGGUGGAAGCCCCUCAUGUUACUAUAGAUGACGGACCACACCGUAAACCUGUGGAUCAGAAGCGCAGCAGCAGCCUUGGAAGUAAUCGAAGCCAUGCUUCAAGCAGACUUAGAUCCCCUUCCAAUGAGUCAGCUCAUCGCAGUGGAGAUGACCAGACUGGCCGGAAGAGGAUCCUGCACGGUAGCUCUAGAGACAGAGAUAGGGACAGGGACAGAGAGAAGAAAAGCUUAGAAAUCACUGGGGAACGGAAGUCCAGAAUCGAUCAGUUGAAACGAGGGGAACCCAGUCGCAGCACAUCUUCAGAUCGACAAGAUUCAAGAAGCCACAGUUCACGAAGAAGUUCUCCUGAAUCAGAUCGUCAGGUUCAUUCCAGAUCUGGAUCCUUUGAUAGCAGGGAAAGGCUUCAGGAGCGAGAUCGACAUGAACAUGAUCGAGAACGAGAGAGAGACAGGAGAGAGGGGAGGCAGAGAGACUGGGACCGAGAUGUUGACAAAGACUGGCCGAGGAGCAGGGAACGAGAGAGACUCAGAGAACGAGAGAGGGAAAGGGAGAAAAGACGAGAGCUGGACAGAGAGAGAGACAGACAACUACCUGAUACUGCUGAAAGAGAGAGAGACAGAACUCUUGACAUCUCCUCUCAAAAAGAAUCAGCAAAACACAGUGAAACGAAAUUGGACAGGGAUCAUGAAAAGGAAUUUGAUGGUGUUGGUCGGGAUUCAUCGGCUUCAGAGAAGGAAAGAACUGACAAAGAUUUAGGACCUUUACAAGGUUUUGAAGAUGGAAAUGAGGCCGAAAAGGUAGAGAGUUUAGAAGGAGGAGAAGAUGAAGGAAAGAUUGAUGAUGUACAGUCACUGGGAUCUGGUGCUGGAGAAUACGAGCCAAUCAGUGAUGAUGAGCUUGAUGAAAUUCUGGCAGGAGAUGCUGAAAAGCGGGAGGAUCAACAGGAGGAUGAGAAGAUGCCUGGUAAAAAUCCUGUGGAUGUUAUAGAUGUAGAUUGGUCCAGUCUUAUGCCAAAGCAGCCAAAAGAACCACGGGAGCCUGGAGCCGCGCUCUUAAAAUUCACCCCAGGUGCUGUUAUGUUGAGAGUUGGCAUUUCCAAGCGAUUGGCAGGACCAGAACUCUUCACCAAAAUUAGAGAGACUUGCCAGAGAGCAUUAGAAAAACCUAAAGAUGGAGAAAACCUUUUUGAACAUGAACUGGGGGCUUUGAACAUGGCUGCGCUUCUACGGAAAGAAGAGAGAGCUGGUCUUCUCAGUAAUCUGGGUCCUUGCUGUAAAGCACUGUGCUUUCGAAGGGAUUCUGCAAUUCGUAAGCAGCUAAUGAAGAAUGAAAAGGGUGCAACAAAACAAACUUAUACAAAUUCUGCAGCAAUGGACAGUGAUUUGUUACGGUUGAGUUUACGGUUGUUCAAACGAAAGACUGUGUGCCAAGUUCCUGGGCAGGAAAAGACGGAGGACAGUAAAAUUCCACAGCCGGCUAUCCAGCAAGAAGUCUGUGUGUCUUGAAUGAAUGACCGUGGUGUCACUUUCUAGUUGAUUUCACACUACCAAUGUUGUCAUUGAUGUUUAGAAUUGGUUGGUUGGAAAGCAGCUGUAGAAGAUUGAAGAAAAUAUCCUAUUUGUACACAGAUAAGAAUUACUGGGUUUGGAUGUGAAUAAAAGGGGUAAAAGUUAAAGACUUCUGUGUGGAGUUCUCUGCGAGUUUUAUAAUACUGAAUCUUACACUGUAACAUAAACCUGUUCUAUGGUGCAUCAGGUGUAAUAAUGUGAAGAUGUCUGGUUUUAGCUGUUUAUAACCACCUGAUAUUAAACUGAAGAAAACUGUCUGACUGUCUAUUCCCUCCUUAUAAAUGAGUUUUUACACUGCCACCCUGGUCCCUCAUUAUGUGUCUGGAAUUUCUUUAAAUAGCUUUUUCCCUGGGAGUCUUGUCUGCUUCCACUUUCCAAAUCCCUUUCUUAUCACAGCAGCCUCUGGUGUGCAUCUGGGGUUGGACAAAACUCUGGCUCUUUUCCAUCUUUACUGUAGGUUUUCUCUGAUAAUUUCUAGACACAAAAAUCUCGAGUAGUCACUUAAGGAUCCCUUUCGUGUUGAUGGAAACAUGUAAAAAACUUCCAGGAAGUGAUCUAUGACCAGUUUUAGGUGCCUAUAUUUGAGACUAACAGCACUUUGGAAAUACCUGCUGCUUACAAAGGAGGACUAGUGCAUAUAUUUUACAUUCUGUCAGGGCGGAUCAGUCCCAUGGAGCAACCUGAGGGUAUUUCAUACCUGGUGAGUUUCAGGAGGUGUUGGCUGUUAGCAGUAAAGGCAGUGAGGAAUGAUCUUUUACUGGGUGUUGCAGUUUUCAGGGGCCUGAUGACAGUCUUGUCAAGCCUAGGCUCAAUUUUGUAAGAAUUGACUUCAGUUUGAGGAAUGGGGUCUUGUGUGAGAUCCCAGGGGUAUUAAGUGGGUGGAGGUUCUCACCAAACCCCUUUCCAUCAUCUACCAGCAGUCCUGGCUGCCUGGGGAAGUUACACUUGACUGAAGGCUGACGAAUGUUAACGCCCAUUCACAAGAAGUGUGGAGGGGAGGAUGCAGGGAACUGCAGGCAUGUUGUUUUAACUUCAGUGCCAGGGAAGAGUGCUGUCACACAGCACAUGCAAGACAACCAUGUGAUCAGGCCCAGUCAGCAUGGUUUAUGAAAGGCAGUUCCUGCCAAACUAACCUGAUCGCCUUCAUCAACAGGGUGACACACUUAAUGGAUGAGGGAAAGGCAGUGGAUGCAGUGUACCUGGAGUUCAGUAAAGCCUUUGACACCAUUUCUCAGAGCGUUCUUGAGAAACUGACUGGCAUUGGCCUGGACAGGCACACCCUGUGCUGGGUAAAAUGCCAUCUGGAUGGCUUGACCCAAAGAGUGGUGGUAAAGGGAGUUAAUUCCAGCUGGAGGCCAGUCACAAGUGAUGUUCUCCAGGGCUUAGUGCUGCGUCCAGUUCUGUUCAAUGUCAUCAUCAAUGAUCUGGAUGAGGGGAUUGAGUGCAGCCUUAGCAAGUUCGCGGAUGGCACUAAGCUGGGCAGAAGCAUGGAUCCGUUGGAGGGUAGGGAGGCUCUGCAGAGGCAUCUGGACAGGCUGCAUCAAUGGACUGAGAGCAACGGUUUGAGGUUCAACAAGGCCAAGUGCAGAGUUCUGCACUAGGGACACAACAGCCCCAUGCGGUGCUACAGGCUUGGUGAAAAGUGGCUGUAAAGCUUCCUGGCAGAGAAAAAACUUGGGGCAUUGAUUGACAUGAGCCAGCAGUGUGCCCAGGUGGCCAAGAAGACCGAUGGCAUCUUUGACUGUAUCAGGAACAGUGUGGUCAGCAGGACCAGGGAAGUGAUUGUGCCCCUGUAUUCAGCAUUGGUGAGGCUCCACCUCAAAUGAUGUGUUUGCUUUCUGGGCCCCUCACUCCAAGAAAGAUACUGAGGUCUUGGAGCAUGUCCAGAGAAGGGUGAUGAGCCUGGUGAGGGGGCUGGAGAAAAAGCCUUGGGAGAGGUGGCUGAGGGAUUGUUUACCCUAGAGAAGAGGAUGCUGAGGGGAGACCUUAUUGCUGUCUACAACUACCUGAAAGGAGGUUGCAGAGGGGUGGGUGUUGAUCUCUUCUCCCAAGUGAUAGGUGAUAGGACAAGAGGGAAUGGCCCUGAGCUGUGUUAGGGGAAGUUUAGAUUGGACAUUAUGAAAAAUUUCUUCACAGAAAGGGUUAUCGGGCACUGGCACAGGCUGCCCAGAGAAAUGGUUGAAUUACCACCCCUGGAGUUAUUUAAAAGAUGGGUAGAUGUAGUGUUCAGGGUAUGGUUUAGUAGUGGAGAGUUAUGGUUGGACUCAAUGGUCUUAAAGGUCUUUUCCAACCAAGUGAUUCUAUGAUCUUUGGAUUACACCAGUCAGGUAUGUUUAGGUACCUGGGGAGGCCUCCAUGUGAAAUUGAGACUUCUAAAACCUCAGACUAAGUCUCUGUGUACCCCUCUGUACUUUUCCUGGGUUUAAACCUGAGCUGUUGCUUUGAAUUUUGCUUGUGAUGGGAAGGAAAUCCACAGUUUAACCUUGAUGCUGGGUUGCUGCAAAGCAACUUGGUUUUGUUGUUCUCAUUCAGGGUCAAAGUGAGUUAUGAACCACUAUAUUUUUUGACAGUUGGUUUCUUAUCCUUUUUGUCCACUUGGAACCAGCAUUUUGAGGUAGGAUGAUGACUGUG